AUGGCCGACACGGAAGACACAGCAUGCGCCCGAGUCUUUGCAAUACCCGAAUUGCUGGAACACAUUCUGUUCGGGCUGCCGCCGAAAGCGCUCCUCAUCACACAACGCACCUGUCAGGCCUUCCGAUCAUCCGUCACCAGCUCUCCAGCACUCAAGCGGUACACAGACCUCAACCCCCUCGUGGUACAAGUCAGCAAGGCAUACAUCUACUACACUCCGCGCAACCGGAUGAAGAUCAAAGGAGCUUCGCAACUUAACUUCACACUAGAUCUGCACAACUCCCUCACCUCAGCUUUCCUCAUCUAUCCUCCAAUCCUGUCUAGCGAGCUCACGCGCACAAUUGAGACCGAGACCGCUUCAUACCUCGACCUGUACCUCCAAAGCGACCCUUGCGACACCGAGUACAAACCUCAUUCUACGACCACGCAACCCAAUGGCCGACUCAUCCAUCAUGGCAUCCACACAGGUGGUUUCGAUCCCAGAACUCCUCGAACAGAUCCUGCUACAGUACACUUCCCGCCUCGAGAUCUUCUGCUGGCGCAGCGAGUCCACCCAGCAUUCAUCGCAUGCAUCGCCAACUCGCCAGUACUACCUCGCCGCCUCUUCCGCCAGUUUCCCCAUGGCUAUCCAGAUCGCGGCAACAUCGCACAUCCGGACAACUACAGCCCUGACCUGCUUCACGACUGUGGCCUUCACUAUGGCUUAGAGGUCUAUGGCUGCUUAGGUGAACGCUCCGGAAUUAAGUUUCACCUCCAAGACCCCUACAACAGCUGCAGCCCAUGUGCGGAAGUCGACCUUCUCUCCAUCGCGACAAUCCGUCCUCCGAGAGAUCUCACAAGCCAUGGCGCAGCAUCAUAUCUCGCCAUACAUCUUCAACAGAACCCUGUCACAGUCAAACUCACCAUCUUCACAACACCCCUAACGCCAGAAGACUGGGGCAUCUGCAUGAGCUUGGAGAAGGCGGCAGAGGCUCUAGAGAGAGACAGAGACUACGAGAACAAGUGGUAUCUCGACGAGGACGACAUGAGGAUAUGGGGUUAUCCGCCGCCGAAGGACGAGUACGAGAUGACAGACCAUUUCACCAAGGAGCAGCUAGAAAGCAUGGUCGAUGAGGUGGACAUUGAUGUAUUUGAUUGUACGCACUAUAAGCCCGGAGAGACCAAGAGUCAAGAUGUGUAA